CAAAGAUGGCGGCGAUUUUUUUCGGCCGCACACCACGAAGGAUCCCUCGCGGUCCGUACAGUCCAGUGGCGGGAGAGGUCCGAGACCGGCCGCGUCGAAACCCAGAAGGCUGCGGGAAGCGAGAGCAGCAGGAAAAGACAAACAACUAGGGCGACAUUCCGCCUUUGCUGGACCUUUCCGUUUGACGGGAGUGAACUGGAUUUGACAUCGACAGUGACCUGAAGUGUCUCAUAACGUUGCAAUGGAAUCUUCGCUGAUUGGAUAUACAACUGCAGGGGCAUGCCGAUGGCAGCUGUUGACAGCUGAGGAGUGGUUUUGCUGUGGCUCAAGUCUGGAUCUAAUCAGUGCAGCGUGUGGGUUUGAAAGGGGCGUGCUACUUGGGUGCUUGGACUAUGACCGUGAGCGACCAACGGGCCUUCUUGGUGGACCUGGGUGGCAGCUUCAAUGAGGAUGCUCCCAGACCUCCUGUCCCUGGGGAAGAAGGCGAACUGGUACUCACCGGCGGCCGCCAGUACCACCCUGCCUUUCCAUCCAAGAACCUUAAAUGUGAGGCGUCGGUUGCUACCCCUCGGCGACCCGACCUGGACUUGGGCUACGAGCCGGAGGGCAGCGCCUCCCCGACUCCGCCUUACGUGAGAUGGGCGGAGUCCCUUCACUCCCUCCUGGAUGACCAGGAUGGCAUCCAUCUGUUUAGGACGUUUGUCAAACAGGAGGCAUGUGUCGACCUGUUGGACUUCUGGUUUGCUUGCAGCGGUUUCCGCAAGCUCGAAGCCAGCAAGGGCAAUGACGACAAGCGUUUAAAACUGGCCAAAGCCAUCUAUAAGAAAUACAUCCUGGACAACAACGGCAUUGUUUCCAGGCAGAUCAAACCAGCGACCAAGUCCUUCAUCAAAGACUGUGUGAUGAAGCAGCACAUCGAUUCCGCCAUGUUUGACCAGGCUCAGACCGAGAUCCAGACCAUGAUGGAGGAAAACACCUACCCUUUAUUUCUUAAAUCCGACAUAUAUUUAGAAAGCACGCAGACACAAGGUGAGAGUCCCAAAUUGUACGCCGAUCAAAGUCCAACUUCUGGCAGCGGAAAAAGUCUGGUGGGUUAUUUGCCGACGUUAAAUGAGCACGAGGAAUGGAGAUGCGACCAAGACCCUGAAGAGAUGCCUGAUUGUGACCCUACUCCCAGCAGCAGGCUCGCGCAGAGACUGCUCAUGGAAACGCCACAACAACGCACUGCCAACAGAUUCCAGGAUGAGUACAGACUUGCCACCUGUCGGGAGCCUGCCAACCGCUACUACGCCAACGCCGGUCAUGCAUUGGCGCCCGCCACCAGCGCCAACGACAGUGAGCAGCAGAGUAUGUCCAGCGACGGGGACACGCUUUCCCUCACAGACAGCAGUGUUGAUGGUGUCCCACCCUACAGAUACCAUAAGCCUCAUCGGCGGGAGAUGCAAGAGAGCGCUCGAGCAAACGGGCGUGUGCCUUUGCCUCUCAUCCCCCGCACAAACAGGAUUCCGAAGGACAUCCACAUUGUGCCGGAGCGCUUUGCCGCUGACCUGAUCCUCCGCUUGGAGGGCGUUCUGCGAGAGCGGGAGACAGAAGAGCGUCUGGAGAGACUACGACUGGAAGAGGAAGUCGAUGAAAUGAACACGUCAUUUGCCAACCAUCGGUUCCCCGAUGCUGUUCAUCCGCAGAAUUCCAACUAUGCCGACUACUUCCAGAGGGACUCCCACGAGGAGAACCCGGAGAGCAUUCUGGAUGACCACGUCCAGCGCGUCAUGAAGACUCCAGGCUGCCAGUCGCCGGGAACGGGACGCCAUUCUCCCAAGUCCUGCUCGCCAAGCGGCUUCCUCGGGGGUAAAGGGAUUACGGUGCCAUCUCUGAGUAAAUAUGCAUCCAGGCAUUGUCUCAAGGGAGAGUCCGGCCACAUGCACCACUACAAAGCUGGGGUCGGGAAGUCCAAAGAGCAAAUGGAGUCACCCUGGGGAGAAGACGUGGGUCAUGGACCCAAGUCUUGCAUGUUUGCAGAUGGCAUUGGAUUUACAAACAUGGAGCAUAUAACUCAUGGAAGCAAAGGCGGUCUGCAGUGUAGGCGAGCAUGCAAGCGUGGGGAGGAGGUGCCAGGUCCUGGAGAUGACAUGGAGAAGAACCAGAAGAUCUUCUUAUGGCUGAUGGAGGGGCAGAAGGAGAUGAUCCGACACAAAAGGAGUCCCUAUGGCAGCACCACAGACUCUAAGAAGGUUCCUGGCCACGCUGGAUCCCAUCCCGGCUCAGCCUGGGACAACGUGCAGCCAUCGCAUCCUUUCAUCCAGGACCCCACCAUGCCCCCCAACCCAGCCCCGAGCCCCCUCAUCCAGCUAGAGGAGGUCCGCAGGCGUCUGGAGGAGGAGAAACUCAAGUCUGGAGUUUUGCAACCCAAGCAGAGGUAUGUGAUGGAGGUCAUCCAGCGAGGUCGCACUGCGGUCAGGCCUGCACUUGUCCCUCCACUCAGCAUGGUGCCUGCCGUUUCUGACUGCGCGCCCUCCGAGCCCGAACACAAAGCUCCUCAGAAGCAAUCGUGUGACAACACCACGGUGGCGUAUUAUUUCUGCGGGGAGCCAAUACCGUACAGGACGUCUGUCAAAGGGCGACUGGUGACGCUCGGCCAGUUUAAAGAGCUGCUGACCAAGAAAGGAAACUACAAGUAUUACUUUAAAAAGAAGAGCGACGAGUUUGACUGCGGGGUGGUGUUCGAAGAGGUGCGCGAGGACGACGCCACUUUGCCGAUAUUUGAGGAGAAGAUUAUCGGCAAGGUGGAGAAAAUCGACUGAAGAGCGACGAGAGGAAGGAAACGUACGUAGGCGGAAGGUGAACAGGAAGUGAGGAGCAGGUUGGCAAGUCACAUGUAGCUUUGUAACGUUUAUUAGACGAAUGAAAAACACAAAAGCGCUGCAUAUUUUGUACAGUUCUUUCUAAAGUCAACUUUUUAUACAUAUAUACAUUAUAUGUAUGGAUACCAGAUGUGUACAGUUUGUGUAACAAAUAACUACAUUUUAUAUCUAUUUAACUAUUUAAAAUGCUAAUUUGCAAUCUUAGUGGAAAAAACCCCUGAUGAAGACGAUCACUAUCCUUUUUUAUUGAAAGGGUUUAUAUUUAUUUGCCUCUUGGGUCGCUAAUGUUUUUGUUUUUUUAAGUAAUUUAUUUGGUGACAAUUUAGCAGCACUUUUCUAAGGUUUUCUGUUAUUUUGGUCUGUUUGGCACGGGCAGUUGUAAUAGCUUGUAUUCGCCUCGACGGUGGCGCUGUUCCUAUAUAGGCCGUAUUGUCACCAGGCCACGAUUGGGAUAGAAAAUGAAUUGAACUGAACUACGCUAAUUUUACUUGUAUUGGCUAUUUAUUCCAUUGUUGUGUAACUUUGCAUAACACUGAGCAAGAAGUCCAACACGUCAUUGUAGAGUUGAAUAUCUAUGCAAUCUGCCGACUCUUGAUAUAAUAGGGCUUCCUGAUACAAAACCUAUGACUCAUCUUUGUUAAAUUAUCUAAGCAUUUGAAUAGAAGCGUCUUCCGGCAGCAAUUCCUCUUUACGUUUAAAGGGGAACAUUAUCACAAUUUCAGAAGGGUUAAAACCAUUAAAAAUCAGUUCCCAGUGGCUUAUUUUAUUUUUCGAAGUUUUUUUCAAAAUUUUACCCAUCACGCAAUAUCCCUAAAAAAAGCUUCAAAGUGCCUGAUUU